UUUCCAGCUCGCUUUAGGAAAACGCCGGGUUUCUCCAGCGGGGCUCGCCUUCGUCUGGCGUGGACCAAAGCUUGGAGGGGGGUUGGGAAGAGAGGAAGGGAGCGAGAAAGAGAGAGAGAGAGAGAGAGAGAGAACGGAAGAGAAGCCAGCGUGCUUUGGGUUUUUCUUGCUCGCUCGCCGUGGCUUUUGGUCUGGCUCCUCGGAAGAGGUUCUCGUACGCCGGCCCCCUUUUCAGAGACAGGGGUAACCGACGGGAAUAAGAAUUGGGGAGGGGAGGCAGAAGAAGGGGUUCCCCCAAAAGCAAAGCAAGUCUUUGGCAACUGCAGCUCCAGCCGCAGCCGCCUUCUCCAGCGCCGGGCAGAGAGAGAGACAAGAGAGCAAGCGAGCGGUGGAGACAAAAGCUGGGCGAGUAGAGCCCGAACGAGAUACUCAGACCCGUUUACACACCAACGCGCGAACACGCGAGAUCCAUCUUGAAGGGGUUCCGGCUCUCCCGCUUUGCCGCCGUCGCCGCGCCCGGCUCGCCCCGAUCUCUGGGACUUUUUAGGGGAUGCCAAUUCGCUUCCUCCGCCAAUGUUUCACUGGAGCAAGUGGAAGAAGAGGAUGGGAGCCAGCACCUCUUCCUCGUCUUCCAAAAAACCCGUGUUUGACGAGAAGGAGGAUGUGAACUUUGAUCACUUCCAGAUUCUUCGAGCAAUUGGAAAAGGAAGCUUUGGCAAGGUGUGCAUUGUACAAAAAAGAGAUACAGAGAAGAUGUAUGCCAUGAAGUACAUGAAUAAACAACAGUGCAUUGAAAGAGAUGAGGUUCGGAACGUGUUCAGAGAACUAGAGAUUCUACAGGAAAUUGAGCAUGUCUUCUUGGUGAAUCUUUGGUACUCCUUCCAAGAUGAAGAAGACAUGUUCAUGGUGGUGGAUCUACUCUUGGGUGGUGACUUACGUUAUCAUCUUCAACAGAACGUGCAGUUUACAGAAGAAACAGUUAAACUAUAUAUCUGUGAAAUGGCAUCAGCUUUGGACUAUUUGCGCAGUCAGCGUAUUAUACACAGAGAUGUGAAACCAGACAACAUUCUCCUUGAUGAACAAGGCCAUGCCCACCUAACUGAUUUUAAUAUUGCAACAAUCAUCAGAGAUGGUGAAAGAGCAACUGCUCUUGCUGGAACUAAGCCCUACAUGGCUCCAGAGAUCUUUCAUUCCUUUCUGAAUGGAGGAACAGGCUACUCCUUUGAAGUUGAUUGGUGGUCUCUGGGAGUGAUAGCCUAUGAGCUUCUGCGUGGAUGGAGACCUUAUGACAUCCAUUCCAAUAGUCCCGUCGAAUCAUUAGUUCAGCUGUUCAGCACUGUGAGUGUUCAGUACACAACAGCUUGGUCAAAAGACAUGGUGGCAUUAUUAAGAAAGCUUUUGACAGUGAAUCCUGAGCAUCGUUUUUCUAGUCUAGCCAACAUUCAGACAUCCUCCUUCUUAUCUCACGUGGACUGGGAUGAAAUUUGCGAAAAGAAAGUAGAGCCUGGCUUCGUUCCUAACAAAGGUCGUCUGCAUUGCGACCCCACUUUUGAGCUGGAAGAGAUGAUUUUGGAGUCAAGGCCCCUGCACAAGAAAAAGAAGAGGCUCGCAAAGAACAAAUCCAGGGACAACAGCAAGGACAGCUCACAGUCUGAAAAUGACUACUUGCAGGAAUGUCUUGAAGCAAUUCAGCAAGACUUUGUCAUUUUUAACAGAGAAAAGUUGAAGAAGAGCCAGGAUCAGAUGAAUGAGUCCCUUUCUCCUCCUGAAACCACCGAUGAAACAGAGACUGAAACAGAAUCUGAACAUUCCAACCUAAACAUGUGUAGCUCAGUGUGCUCAUCUACAGGCAGCAGCUAGGACAAGAGGGCAAAGGGGCUAGAAGCUUGUGUGCCUCUUAAAUAAAACAUUCUCAGGUUGCAAUGACAAGCAGAUGACAGUACAGCAGGUACUUUUGUGGACAGGGGAAAAAAAAAAGAAGAAUCACACAAACACUGUAGAGCCACAAAAAAAGCAAAUAGUCCUUACAGAACUCACAGAUUCAAAAAGAUCUCCUGUUACCAGAGACUUUGCUACUAUGCAACACCUCAACACCACUGUUCGAUUUCUUUCUUUGUCCUUUUCUUUUGAUAGGCGACAGAUAGCAUCUGAAGUAUAUUUCAGGGACAAGAAUGUAACAUAGAUCCAAGAAUAUGCAGAAUGAAAGCGUGCAAGGUGGGAGGGCUAGAAAAGAUUGCCAAGGCAAUUGAAAAUGCCCCAUCGCUAUUGCCCUUGCAGUCAGACAAAAGUUAACGGCAUGCAAAAUUGUCUCUUGAUAUUUUCAGAGCAUCUGAGGAUUCUUACAGAGCAUGGCACUUACAGAGUUACCUGUUGGGACAGGGCUCAACUGAUACCUUUGACUUCUUGUGGUUUUUAAUAAGUUUAAUCUCUGAUUUAACAGGUGCUUUGGAAUCCACCCAUCUAGGGCCAAAUGCUCUGACUUUUACAGCUAGUUUUUUAAAAUGGUGUAGUGCAAGGUAAUUUUAUUUUUGUCAAACCACUGCAUCUUUUUCACAAAGCUGUCCUUGACUUCCAAGGAAUGUUGUAUGCUUACAAGCACCUGAACUGAGGUUAGCAUUUUCUUCACUCCUGUAAAGGAGCAGGAUAUUAGCGUGGCUUGAUUGAGAUGCCCUAAUGAUUGAGGAAGUAACAUUUAAUGCACUUCUUUAUGCUGUUCAAAGUGUGAUUUAAAUAUAUCAAUCAUUGGCACCUGUUUUAACUACUUACAAAAACUGGAAAUUUUUGAUGCUGGUUCCUGCUGUGGAUACUGCCUUUUUCUUUGUUUCAGAAAUCACUUCUCCUUUCUUAUACCAAGGCUGCUAUCCUACACAUAUUUACCACGGAAUAACGUCCACUGAAUGUAGUGGAUUUACCCCAGGUAAAAAUAGUUAGGAUUGCCUUGAGGCUUUUUCUUACUAUAUUGUGGCUUUAUUCUUAAAACUCCAGGAAUUCUUGACAUUAGGGUAUAUGUUGUACAUAAAUCUUGUAACUCUUUUCACUCCAGUUUUGUUAAAGCCUGGAAAAGUUUGUCCUGUUUGUAUCUUAGUUGUGUUUUCUUGAAAGAAAGUGAACUUUGCAUGCUUUUAAUGUCGAUACAUUUCCCACCCACCUGCCUUGUCUUAUUGAAACCAAUUUGCUAAGCAUUGGACUAGAGUGUUUUGGAAACAGGAAUCCUUACAGCCUUACUUCUGAAGCUACAAUUUUCUCUGCAACAAGGUUUUUUUUUUUUUGUAAAUUUCUCUGCCAUUAAGAUGGAAUUCUGACCAACUCAUUAUCCAGUCAAUUCAACAAAUGACGCAACAGAGGUAUAAUCCCUUUUAUAUGGACUACAGUGAACACAUGCUUAACUUUCCACAGUUUUAUGUGGAGGUUAGUAAGAAACAAAGAUUGUCCCCAACUGAUAUUUUGUAAGAAUCAUUAGAAAGGAAAGAAGAAUCGAGUUUGCUUGUGCAGAUAUACAAAGAAACCAAAGCUUUAUUCUCAGUGCCAUUGUUUGUAGAUUAUAGCCAGGUAAAUGGUGCGUCCAAUUUACAGUUGAAUGCUAAAUGUUAUUAAGUUGUGUUAGUACUAUGAUUAAAACUUCACUUGAUUUCAAGGGAGAAACUCUCAAAGAUAUUUAGAUUAUGCUAUUCCACCAGCUGUUUUAUCAUAGUGUCGUAACCUCUGAUGUUACAAGCAGAGCUGCAAGUAUGCCAAUAGGAAUGUUCAAAGUCAAAAGCCUUUUAUGUGUUGGGAAAAAGAAUACCACCACUUCCCUGCAUUCAUGAGUAAGGUCCGGUAGUGAGUACAGAACCACAUACAACCCAAUGUAGUUAUUGUCCCCAUGGGAUACAGAAUCCUAACACUAAGGAUUCAUAAUUUCAUAUAGGAUUAUAACCAUGUUAAGACAAGCCUGGGUCCAGUCUUUUUUCAGAUCAUCCACACGUUUUUCCUAAUGUCUAAAGAAAGCUAAAGUGCCAAUAGGGUUUGCCACUGAUCGCCGUUCAAUUGCAUCAUAGCACAAUAGAUUCUACAGAGUUAAAACUCCAAAUUGAAUUCAAGACCUCAGUGUGGGUGACAUGUGCAUGUUCUAGUAAUCAAUCAUAGACUUAAAAUGUUGCAUUUUUAAAAAAGAAUACUUGCCUCUGACUACUUUGUUUAGGAAGUGUUUAGUCUAAUUAGCCUUGUGUUGAAUGUUCUAUGUGAAUCUAAGACAAAAAUGGCUUUCUUGUUAAAAUGUUUGCAUUGAUGUAAUUCAUAGGAAGUCCAUUGUUUUUUUAAAGAUACAAAAUAAAAGAUAAUUUCUUUAAAAGGUUUACAAUCAUGAUUUAAUAAAAGCAG